GAAAAAUUUAAGACAGAGGAGGGGCUGUUAACAUCAGACACUGUCACUAAGGAGACAUUUCAAACAGGAGGCACAGAGGAGACGUAGGGCAGGAACUGGACUAUUCUUGCUGGAAAGAGUUCUUCACCACAGUUCUGUUUUACAACUGGACAAUGACAGAGGAAGCAGAAGCGGGAAUCAACCUACAGCCACACUCUGGAUCUGAGCAACAGGCUCCGCAGUUUCUACGAGAUGUCAUCUUCCACGGCAAGUUCAAGCUGCUGAAGGCUCUAACCCCAGAGGAAAGCACCCAAUGCCAGCAUGGCCUCUUCUUCCAGGACGGUCAGCGGCGGGUUGACUAUGUCCUCACCUACCCUGUCAAGAAACCAGGAGGGAGCCGCUCCAGUCGGCAGUCGGUGCAACUACUUGCUGAAAAUGCAGUCGCCUGCAGUCUACGCUGCGGCCCUCACAGCUGUGGUGAAGAUCUGCGACAUCACCAAGCACAAAGGACAGGAAACCCAUCCUGCCUGCAGUCAUCGACGAUGGCAGACGUGGAGGGAGAAACCUUUAACGGCCAUGACGAUCAAAAGGCAUUCAGGAGGGAAGAGUUUGAGGGGAAACUGCGAGACAUGGGCCUGGAGUUGGAGAAAGAUGAGAUUAGUAAGAUUCCAGGCGUGGGCUUCGUGAAGAUCCAUGCUCCCUUUAACAUUCUCUGUCGAGAGGCUGAAUUCAUGAAGCUAAAGAUGCCCACCAAGAAGGUGUAUGAAGUCAAACAAUCAAGCGGUAUUGUGGAGAAAAUCAGCUCUCUAGUCAGUAAAGUUGUGGAGCCUCUCCACCCUCAUGUUGAGGAACAUCAACCCAAGAACAUCAAACACCUGUCACACACUUUCUCGAGGGAAAAACAACACUUGUUUGACCUCUCAGACAAAGAUUACUUCUUUGACAGCAAAACCAGGAGUUCAAUAGUAUUUGAAAUACUAAAAAGAACAAAAUGCAAGGCCACGUACAGCAUGGGUAUCACCAGUCUCCUUGGUAGUGGUGUAUAUACAGCAGCUUAUCCUCUUCAUGAUGGAGAUAUUAAUGAGGAGAGUGCAGAGCCCAAUGACAGAAAGCUUUUGUAUGAGGAGUGGGCAAACUACAGUGUCUUCUACAAGUAUCAGCCCAUCGGACUUGUGCGGAAGUACUUUGGUGAGAAGAUCGGUUUGUACUUUGCCUGGUUGGGGCUCUAUACCCAGAUGCUGAUUCCUGCCUCUGUCGUGGGGGUCAUUGUCUUUCUUUAUGGAUGUGCAACAGUUGAUGACAACAUACCAAGCAUGGAGAUCUGCCACCCAAAGAACAACAUCACCAUGUGUCCUCUGUGUGACAGAGUGUGCAGCUACUGGAAACUUAGCACUGCCUGUGGAACUGCCCGGGCCAGUCACCUGUUUGACAACCCGACCACUGUUUUCUUCUCUAUAUUCAUGGCUUUGUGGGCUGCCAUGUUCAUGGAGCAUUGGAAGAGAAGGCAGAUGAGAUUAAACUAUGAAUGGGACCUUACUGGGUUUGAAGAUGAGGAGGAAGCUCUCAAGGACCAUCCCAGGGCUGAGUAUGAAUUCCAAGUAAUGCAGAAGUCUCUGAGGAAAGAUCGGAAAUCACAGCACAAGAUGGAAAAGCUCACAUGUCGAGACCGCCUCCCUGCCUACAUGGCUAACGUUGUCAUGAUGCUGUUAAUGAUUGGUGUUACAUUUGCCAUUGUGUUUGGUGUGAUCCUCUACCGGAUUUCCACUAAAGCCGCUCUUCAUAUGAGCUCCAGUUUGAUUACAAGGAACCAUGUUCAACUGACGGUGAAAACCACUGCAGCCAUCAUCAACCUGGUUGUCAUCCUCAUACUGGAUGAGGUAUACGGAGCUGUGGCACGAUGGCUGACCGUGCUGGAGAUUCCUAAAACAGACAAAAGCUUUGAAGAACGUCUCAUCUUCAAGACCUUCAUUCUCAAGUUUUUCAAUGCUUUCACGCCAAUCAUCUACAUUGCUUUCUUCAGGGGAAGACUGGUAGGCAGACCAGGAAGCUACCUAUACGUGUUCGAAUCUUACAGGAUGGAAGAGUGUACUCAUGGAGGCUGUCUGAUGGAGCUGUGCAUCCAGCUGAGUAUCACCAUGUUGGGAAAGCAACUGAUUCAGAACAACCUUUUUGAGAUUGGAAUACCCAAACUGAAGAAGCUGAUUCGAUUCAUUCGGUCAAAGCAAGGAGCUUUUCAAGAAGAAGAGAGGCAGAAGAAGCUGAAAAGAUAUGAAACCGACCACUUCCUGGAGCCAUUUGCUGGAUUAACUCCUGAAUAUAUGGAAAUGAUCAUCCAGUUUGGUUUUGUGACGUUGUUUGUGGCAUCCUUCCCCCUGGCUCCACUGUUCGCCCUGCUCAACAACAUCAUUGAAAUACGACUUGAUGCCAAGAAAUUUGUGACGGAGUUACGACGACCAGUGGCAGCAAGAGCCAAAGACAUUGGUAUAUGGUACAACAUACUAAAAGGGGUAGCAAAAGUGGCUGUCAUCAUCAAUGCAUUUGUCAUCUCCUUCACUUCAGACUUCAUCCCUCGGAUGGUCUACCAGUACAUGUACAGUCCUGAUGGCUCCAUGCAUGGAUUUGUCAACCACACACUGUCCUAUUUUAACGUCAGCCACUUCCAGGCUGGCAAAGAAACCUUGGAUCCAUUGUAUCUUGGCUACCCCGUUGAGAUUUGCAGAUAUAAGGACUACAGAGAACCUCCUUGGUCAGCCACACCAUAUGAGAUCUCCAAGGAAUUCUGGGCAGUUCUGGCUUUCCGGCUGGUCUUUGUUAUUGUUUUCCAGAAUGUUGUGAUGCUGAUGAGUGACAUUGUGGACUGGCUAAUCCCAGACAUCCCUAAAGACAUCAGCAUGCAGAUCCACAAGGAAAAGAUUCUGUUGGUGGACCUCUUCAUGAAAGAAGAGCAAGGGAAGAUCCAUAUCCUUGAAAGCAGGGCGUCAACGGGCACCAAGGAGAUCUUCAGCAGGAGCAACAACAACGUCAGCAGCACAACGGCCCACUCGUGCUCCCGACUGCACACCAAAAGCACAAAAGCUUCUAAUGCCAGUGAUGAUGUUUCCAUAGUUCAGUCUUAGUUACAAUUUCAAAGUUUGCUCGUAACUUACUUGCUGAGGCCAACCUAAUUUCUGUGUUCUUCUUCAUGUUCAGAACAUUCCAACAACUAAGAAAGCAACUGGUCAAUGAGGUGCGGCCAAAUGGGUUGCAAUGUGUGCUGUACGUAGACAAGUGCGCACUCACAUUUGUGAAUGUGUACAGGAAUCUGUAAAUGUGUAUUCAGCUUUGCAUGCAUAGAGAGAUUUAAGAAUUUGUAUAAUUUGUAAAUGUCUACAAAUAUAUGUACUACAAUGUGUACACAAAACCCCCAAUUGUGCGAAAGAUUUUUACAUGUGUAUAAGAAUGGGAAAAAAAAAGUGUACUUUUGUUUGAAUGAGUCCAAGGUCCAAUGGAGAUAUUUAGACAAAUUAAUGUGAGGACAUUUGUCAUCAUCGCAGCUUCUCAUUUUAAGUUUUACUAGGCCACAGUUCUUAUUUGGGGUUCACAAACCUGACUGAACCUUGAAAUAACGCAUAUGAAUUGUUUAUUGAAAAUUAAACAUAGCUGGCAGAUGAGAAUC